AUGGAAGAACUUCUUCUCCGAGAUCAAAUCAGUCUACGGUCCGCCAACCAAAGCAACUGCCCCUUCCUCCACAGCGCCGACGUUAAUACCUUACUCACCGAGAAAACACAUAUUCUUCAACGAUGGACUGAACAAUUCAGAGGCGUCCUCAACCGUCCCUUCACCAUCUCCAACGCCACCGUCGUCCGUCUGUCUCAGAUAAAGACCAACGUGGACCUCAGCCUCCUGCCCAAUCUCCAUGAAACUCUCGGGGUCGCGAAGCAGUUCUCCAGCAGGAAAGAGCCUGGAUCGGACGCGACCCCUGAUGAGAGCUACAUGCACGGCGGACCCCAACUCAUGGAUAAUCUGACAACGCCCUUUCAGGAGAUGUGGCGUCAAGGAAAAGUUCCUCAGAAUUUCAAGGACUCCACCAUCGUCCAUCUCUUAAAAUGGAAGGGGAACCGUCAAAUCUGA